AUGGCGCGUCUUUCCGCAAACCCCGCGCGUCGCGUCCGCUCGCUCGGCCCGAUAGUCGUCUCCGCGGCGCUACUGCUACUGUUACUGCUGGCGGGGGCAGGCGAGGGGCCGCGAGUGGCGGCGGCACAGGACGUGCUCGUGGCAAGCCAGCACGUGCCGCUAAUGAUGGAGGUGCGGCGGCAGUGGGCGCGGUUCGUGGACCUCUCGUCGUGGGACGCGCGCAAGCCGUGCUCCAAGUGGGCCUUCGUCACCUGCAACAAGCGCACGGGGGAGGUCCGGCGCAUCGACGUGGCGAAGAAGGGAAUAGAGGGGCCGCUGCCGAGCGUGCUGGGCAACAUCAGCACGCUCUUCCAGUUCUUCGCCAACGACAACGAGAUCACGGGUCCCAUCCCCGAGUCCUUCGGCCAACUCUCCCAGCUACAGCAGAUUGUGCUGCGCGGCAAUCAGAUCACGGGCCCUCUGCCUCGCAGCAUGGGCAAGCUCUCCUCUCUCUGGGAAAUGCAGUUACAGGGUAACCAGAUCAGGGACGUCAUUCCCGCCACAUGGAAGGGCAUGACAGGCCUCGGUAACUUCUACAUUGCGGACAAUCAGAUUCAAGGCCCGCUGCCCACGGAGCUCUGCCAGAUGACCACUUUCGCAUCCCACCACCCCCUCUGCAACACCACACCAUUCCUUCCUUCACAGCUCAACUCUCUCUUCCACCCACCCUCUGCCUUCACUCUCCAUGGACCCCCCCUGCACGCCCUCCUUUCUGGCAGUUUCAUCAACGGCAACUUCAUUGAUGGGCCCAUCCCCAGCACUGUGGGCAGCAUGACCAGCCUUGACACCCUGUUCCUGUCAGGCAACUGGAUCAAGGGCCCCCUGCCCUCCACCAUCGGCAACCUCAAGAACCUCAAGCACUUCAUCAUGGAGUUUAACAACAUCUCGGGUCCCAUCCCAAGCACCAUCGGGGACAUGGUCAAGUGUGAGAGAAUUCUAUUGGACAACAACUACCUCACAGGAGUCAUCCCACCCACCAUCAGCAAGCUCACCAACCUCGUCUGGCUCUUCCUCCAGGGCAACUUCCCAACCUCUUCUACUU